CCCUCCUAUGGGAAAUCCCAUUGCUAUCUGUCAGAGUUUGAGUGAAACAUGGCCGCCAUCUCCUCCUCUCUGUUGCUCUACUGUAAAAACCCAUAAAGAACUGUCAUUGUUUGUGUGAAGAAUUUUGCUUCGACUUCGCGAAUCACAACACAACAACAAAACCACACAAAAAUAAAAUAAAAAACUUUUUAAAACAGACCCAGCUCGAGCGAUUCAUAUUUAAAAUGCAAUCAAUUAACACCAGUAAUCGAACCUGUCCGGAAAUACCCCGCAAUUACACUGAGGACAACUUUGUUGAAGAUAUAAUGACCUCGAGCGAACCCGUCUACCCGGCAUCGGCACUCGCCUCACGCAAUCGUUUUUGCCGACUGUGCCUAAAGAAGUCUUCCAGUUUCCUGCUCCCGUUGGUGGCCAAAAUAGAAACUGUGACGGUCAUGGAAAUGCUGCUAAUGGUGACCGGGGUCGAACUCGAGGCUAACCCUCUGUUUCCAACCAAGAUCUGCUCCAACUGUAUGACCAAGCUGGAUUUUGCCUACAACGUGCGACAGGAGUUUCUCAAUGGCACUGAACUGCUGCUCAAAAUGGCCGUGGAGAAUCGAUUGGCCGGAUAUUAUGCCCAGUUUGAGCCGGUCGUUGGCAGCUAUACUGAUGAGGUAUUGAAGGAAAGUAGGAAUGUCCUGGAGACGACCAAAGCCGAGAUGGAGGAGAUAAAUUGUAAUGUUUCUCGGGAAGGAGAACGAGUUUCACCUGAGGAAACCGUUGAUGAAGAAACGGACAAUCAAAAGGUGGAGAUUAUAGAGUUUGAACAGUACGAAUGUCUUGAAGAUGAAAUAGGGGAUUCGUCAAUACCAGAUGAGCCAGUUGAAGGAUUGACCGAUUCGGUUAAGAUAAAAAACGAGGAUUUAGAAAAUGAGUUGAUGAAAGUAGCAAUUCUCGAAACUGAUGGACCAAGUAUGCAGAACACGGAUACUACGCCACUCAAAAGCGAGAAAUUCGUCUAUUCGUGGAAAGAUUUAGUGAAGCCCAAGAGUAGGAAAAAGGAGCGCCCUAAAAAUGAUCUGAGUGGAAUCAAUAGAAAUGCAAAGGCUGAUGCAAAUUUGCUCGCACAAUUCCCUCAGACAACCUGUUAUAUCUGUGAUACAGCGCACGACAGCUUGGAGCAGCGAGACGAGCACUUUAAUGUGCACAUUGAAAUGGUUCCUCAUCGUUGCGAAACAUGCAGCACCGACGAUGAACCGGUCAUCUCUAAGAGUGUCAUAACAUUGAAUCGACACCGUUUAAUGCAUCGUUUGCCUUAUAAAUGCACAAAAUGCUACCGUCGAUUUAUAUCCAGCGGAAGUCAAUACACUCACAUUUGGAGCACUCACAUGUCUGGCACGGAAGGACUGACUUGCGAUUACUGUGGCAAGACAUUCAAUCAGAAGCGUUCGUUCCAGGCACACGUGCGGCGUCACCGUUACAAAGCCAAUGGCAAGUAUCGGUGUGAUGUCUGCGGCGAAACAUGCGGUUCCAGUAUUCUGCUGACGAGACACAAACGGAAGCACACGGGUGAAAAGAAUUUUGCUUGUCCGUACUGCCCGAAACGGUUUAGCAGAGCAUGCAAUUUGUUGACACACAAACGGAUCCACACAAACGAACGGUGCCAUAGGUGUGAGGAUUGUGGUCGCAGCUUCAGAGAUAGCGUGACACUCAGAAAGCAUCAGGAGCGUUUCCAUAUGGGCAGAACGCCGGCACUCAGGGCGGAUAGAAAUCCUUUCGUCAUAGCCCCGGACGGGCGAAAGUUGUUUCAGUGUGUGAAGGAAGGAUGUCGAUAUGAAACGUACAGCGGUACCGCCAUAUCGCGCCACAAAGCUCGCCAUUCGAAACGAUAUGCGUGCGGGGAUUGUGGAAAACGAUUCGCAGAGCCGAAUUUAGUGCGAAGACAUCAGACAGCGAUGCAUUUGGGAGAUAAGAAGGAUCAGGCUCAAACAGAGCAGCAUCACGGUGCCCAGCAAGGGCAGGGCGAUAAUGCAGAAUUUGGCUUACAGUUGAGUCAGUCUGGACAAGAAUGUAAAAUUGAAGAAGCAGAUGAUGUUACAUUUUCGAUUACAUUAUCUGACAAAUAAAAAAUGUGUGAUUUGUUUUAAUUGCAAUACAGGUAAUGGAUUAGCCAUUAGAACAGUUAUGGACGCAAUGAUAAAAAUAAAAAAAUGAUCAGAAAAAUAACAA